CUUGUGAAGUUGCAAAUGCGCACUGUGUUUUGGCUAUCAUUAUCAAUUUUUGUAAUAAUCUAACAAUCUACGUUACCUGCACCUUUAAUUUUAAUUUAGUACAUUCCCAACAUGUCUGGCCGUGAAGGUGGUAAGAAGAAGCCGCUGAAGGCGCCCAAGAAGGAGUCCAAGGAGCUGGACGAGGAUGACCUGGCCCACAAGGCCAAGCUCAAGGAGCAGCAGAAGGCUUUAGCGGAUGCGAAAGCAAAGGCAACCCAAAAAGGUCCCCUCGCACAAGGUGGAAUAAAGAAAUCUGGCAAAAAGUGACACAACUCUGUGACAAUCUACUGUUUAAGAUAUAGGUUGUAAUAAAUUCUUAUUUAAGAACUAUUUAAGAUCUUCCGUAUAUCAGCAAUUGAAAAUGUAUGCAUUUUAAACCUUUUGCUAUAUUUUUGAGGUUAUGUAAUAACGGGUUUCACUAUUUUUCUUUUUGUGCUUCUUGUCUGGCAGUAUAGUGUUUUCACACUUUGACAAUUACUUAAAAAGUUUUUUUUCUGUGUAUACACAAUAGGUAGUUUACAGUCAUUGUAAAACUAACAUUUUUUUAUAAUUAAAAAUUAACACUGCCCCAAAAUGGUUGAAAAUGGUAAUUUCUUCAUGUAAGUGUUACAUUUGCAUUUAUAACGUAAUAAACUUGUGAAUACCAAA